AUGAAGAAGUCCGCCUCGUGCUCUACUAUUCUAGCAUUGCUUGCAUUGAUCUUGCCGAUAUCGGGCUUUGGGAUUGCACCGGUGUCAUUUCGUCUGAUCGAUCCAUCAUUCUCUCCCUUGAAUUCUACAGAAAAGUUCAGUAUCACAGCUGGGAUUGAGACAUAUAACCAAACCAUCGCCUUCGUUCUAGAAAACAACAAUGAUCUCGUAUCACAAGGCGCGCAGAUUCGAUAUCCCGGUAUCCAGAGCAAGGACAAUGGGGUAGGUGCUCAAGUCCGGUUCACGAGAGGGACGGUCGAGAUGAAGAACAGUCUCAGUGAAAGCCGGGAUAACGUCGGAUGGGCACGGCUUGCCGUGUUCCAAGAUGGAGAGAGUCUGCUGUUCGAUGGAGUAUUCACAAUGAUGGGUUCUCAGUAUGCCAUCGAGCUUGAAGCUGUCGAUGAUGGGUCUUCCAUGAUUAUAGCCCACCAGCAGGAUUCAACAUUCUCGCCUGGCAGCGGAUCGUCCCUCCCUUCGCUCUGCUCAACCUCACCUGAGGCACACUUGCAUAAACGACAGAGCUGGAAUGCCUGGGGGAAUGAUGAUUUCACCUCCACAAUUGGCAGCACUUCUGGUUGCCCGAAUACCAGACAGGUUGCCAACAUCGGGAUCAUGACAGAUUGCACAUACACUGCAGGUUUCAAUUCAUCCGACUCCGCACACCGAUACAUCCUCAACAUGGUCAACACUGCGUCUGUGGUAUUCGAGAACAGUUUCAAUAUCUCUCUUGCGGUACAAAAUUUGACAAUCAGUGACGCUGAAUGCCCAAGUAGCACCUCAGAUCUGACUGCGUGGAAUGUACCCUGCUCUCAGGGAGAUCUCAACACGCGUCUUCAGGAUUUCUCCACAUGGAGAAGCUCCGUCAACGAUCAGAAUGCAUACUGGACCUUGUUGUCUGGGUGCUCAGUGUCUGCCGGGGAGAUUGGUGUAUCAUGGAUUGGAGCACUAUGCAACACAGGCUCUGGAUCUAUCAAUGGCGGAGCCGGUGCCAAUGUGGUUGCCCAGACCCAAAAUGAAUGGCAGGUCUUUGCGUAG